AUGGCUGGAUCGAGUGAAAAUGGUGCAUCAUCUGAUGCGUACGGCCUCACAAGAGAUGCAGUCGAGUCUCAAAGACUCAAUGCUCAACACAAUAUUUGGAAAACGAAUAUCGGCUACAUGUUACACCCUCGCAUCCAAAAGGAUCUGGCGGAAAAUCCAUGUAUCGGCGACGUAGGAACCGGAACAGGCAUCUGGAUCGUGGAUCUAGCCUCCGAGAUGGCAAGCAAUGGCAAAGCAGCUAAAUACGAAGGUCUGGAUAUCAGUUCCUCUCAGUUCCCACAGAAUUCGCCGGAUGGAAUCACCUUUUCGACUUUCAACCUACUAGAGCCGGUGCCCAAGCACAUGCAAGCAACUUUCGACGUCAUCCAUCUGCGCCUUCUGAUCCUCGGUCUCCCUCGAAAUACCUGGAAGACAGCAUGCGAAAACAUAUUCGCCUUGUUAAAACCUGGUGGCUGGGUACAAUGGGAAGAAGCUGAUUUUGCGUAUGAGGUCCCAUCGCAUUAUACGCUGUCACAAUAA